GGGCGGGGCGGUGCCGCCGCUGUUGCCGUCCGGUGCCGCAGGAGAAGGUCGCCCGCUCGCUUGCUCUCUCCGGGGGACUCCCAGGAUCUCGCUCAGCCGCUCGCACCGUCCCGAGCACUCGGGGACAUGUCGAGGUGGGCGGAGGCCCGGUGGGCCGGCGCCAGACGGCGGACGGCGGCCGCGGCACACUCGCCCUCCUCGAGCUUUCCCCGGAGACGCCUCCCUUUACACGCACCCCGAGCCUGAAGGCGCUGCCACGGCGAAGAGGCACCGAUAAGGAGCAGGACGCGCCGCUGCUGCACCGGGGGAGCUGCCCCGGGAAUUUUCCCGGGAAUCUCGGGGGUUUCCCGGGAAUUUCCCCGCCCGCCCGCCGGGGGAGGAUGAAGCUGCUGGAGAACUCGAGCUUCGAGGCCAUCAACUCCCAGCUCACCGUGGAGACCGGGGACGCCCACAUCAUCGGCAGGAUCGAGAGCUACUCGUGCAAGCUGGCUGGCAUCGACAAGCAGCUCUUCAAGCAGUUCUGCCAGGAGGGGCAGCCCCACGCGCUGGAGGCGCUGAGCCCCCCCCAGAGCUCCGGCCUGAGCCCCGGCAGGCAGGGGGAGGGCCCGCUCAGCGACACGUGCAGCCGCAAGACGCUGUUCUACCUGAUCGCCACCCUGAACGAGGCCUUCCGGCCCGACUACGACUUCAGCGCCGCCAAGAGCCACGAGUUCAGCCGCGAGCCCAGCCUCAACUGGGUGGUGAAUGCUGUGAACUGCAGCCUGUUCUCGGCCGUGCGCGAGGAUUUCAAGGCGCUGAAGCCGCUGCUGUGGGACGCGGUGGAUGAGGAGAUCUGCCUGGCCGAGUGUGACAUCUACAGUUACAACCCGGACCUGGACUCGGAUCCCUUCGGGGAGGACGGCAGCCUCUGGUCCUUCAAUUACUUCUUCUACAACAAGAGGCUGAAGAGGAUCGUCUUCUUCACCUGCCGCUCCAUCAGUGGCUAUGCCUACACCCGGCCGGACACCGGCACCGAGCUGGACAUGGACCUGGGCGAGGGGGACACCGAGAAGGGCGACAGCGGCGACCCCGAGGGCGGCGCCAUCGAGGAGGACAGGCUGCAGGUGAUGUGCAUGUGAGAUUCCUGGUGGGAUCCGAGACACCAGGAACGGAACCGGCAAAGGGAACGGAACCAGCAAUGGGAC